AUGCGCGCACGAGGCCUUAGUUGCAUCCGCACGCGGCACAAAUCCCCCCGGGGUCUAAGUGAGCUACGACGCCAUCGCCACUUCGCCGGGGAAAAACCCGACGCUCGUAACGGCCGGGGUUUUGACGCGGCGCGAUUACGCGACCGCCGGGUGCCAGAACGUCCCUCGGCGGUUUCUUCGGCCGCGCCAAAAGUCGCGGUCACUACCCAUUGUUCUCGCUCCAAGGUGCCAUUAGGCGUUCUCGACGACACCCCGGCCCACCGCGUCGCGCGCGGACCACACGUGCGCCCACAUCUCAUUAAAUCAAUCGAUACGCCCUCACUAAAACGUUACGUUACAAACGCUAUCGCGCUACUUUAUCGCCGCGUGGACCGGUUGAAUGGUAGCGCUUAUUUCACCACUGCAUCGGCUAGAACUAAAUGGGCUCCGAGUUUC